CCUAGAUCUCUCACCGUCGCCGGCAAACCCAAUGGCUAAGAAAAAUAAAUCCCCGCCUAAGGGCUCUCCUUCCUCUUCCUCUCACCGCUCAGUUUCCGAUGCUUCCUCAAAAAUUCUCUUUUGCCAUCCGAAACUCGAUCUCUUCUCCGGGGCUAAUUCUGAUGUUGAAGCGUUGGAUAAGCCGUCUUGGGUAAAUAUAGUAAAAAGCACUUCUCAAACGAUGAGGAAGAAAGGAAAGGAAUUUACCUUAACCUCGGGUGAGCUCUGUGUUGAAAUUCCGGAACAAGCACCGAUGGGAGAAAUUCAUCAUAGAUCUGUUUCACGGGAAUGCUCCUAGUCCAGAUGUGUGUAAGAAGCCGAUAGAUGGUUUCAUAGCUGGGUUCGUUGAUGAGAAUGAUGUUUUCCAAUGGAGCUUCUCAAUUAUGGGUUGUAGUAAGUUUUUUCUAAUCUCUCAUGUUUCUGUUGAUUGGAGAUAUUAUUCAAACUAAACUGCAGGGCCUUGAUUUUUUUUCUCACUCAUCUUUGUCUCCAAAUUUUGUUUGUUUUUAGCCUAUUGCAAGUGGUAACUAGCUUUUGCAUUUUGUAAAUCUUCUUUGUGGAACGAAGUAGCAAACACAAUUGAGGUGUAAAAUAAAUUUUCUGAUUUUUU